GUAAUGCCCUGUGGGAAAAUUAAAUGGCGGAAAUAACAAACAAUGAAGAGGAGAUGUGUACUAAUGGUUUUAACUAUUAUACUAGUGAAUAAUGCUAGUAAUAAUAUCACUGCUGCGGAUCGCACUCGGCUUCUCGCUCGUCUGAAUGACAAAUCCUGGCCGUGGUUUGGCGAUUGUUACAAGAAGUCGUGUCCUGACUCGACCAAAGAUCUCACUCGAUGUUUUAACUACAGACCAAAGCCUGAAACUAUUCUACAGCGAGCGGGAAUACCAAGCACCGUUAAACUUAAAUUUGAUUUGGAUGUUAUGUUUUCUAGCCCUGAAGAGAAGGUUGACAUAUGUGGCACAUUAGAAGUUGUUCAGGAGGUCAAGCCAUUUAGACUGAAUGAAGAUGGAUUUGCCAAUAAAAACAUGCUACAGCGAGGAUCUGAAGUUUACCGCAAUCCUCCGAAAAUAAACUUUGAUCCAGACAAGGGCACUACAUACCAGAUAAUAAUCUUUGACGUCGGCCUUUUAAUGGUCAGAGGAUAUUGGUGUGGCGUUAAGAUUGUCAACGGCAUUAUUCAGAGCGAGAUGAGAUCGAAAUAUCUACCUCCCGCUAAUCCGUUACCAGUGGUCAAUCCGAUCUUAAUCAUUGUACUCAAAGAUACCGAAUGCUUUGAUAUUCAUAUCUGUGAAUACCGAGGGUCUUCUAACGCAGACGCCCAUGAUUGCAGAGAUAUAUUAGUCAGACGCUUUGGUGAUGGUAGCGAUAUAGUGGGACUACAAGUGUUUUAUACCGAUGGCACAUCCCUGUUUGAGAAGUAUAGGGCGUGUACAGAAGGCUACAUCUGUGACAGUGUUUGUAUUGACAAGUUUAAACAAUAUGCUGUCAAAAAACAGCCAAGCAUUACGUUUGCUGAUUUGGAUUUGAGUCAUCUGGACAUGUACGUCAACUUGUUCUCUGACAGUCCGUUCGCUAGAAUGAUAAGCUACUUGUGUUGCAGCAGCAGGCGUUACUCUAGGACCAUCGGAGUUCGGGCCAGACCAGGUGAUGACCUGAAACUAAGCAGCUAUGAAAAACUGUGUGGCCACGAAUGCUUCAACCAUAGGAAGAUUGAAAUCUCCAGCACUGUGAACAACGUCUUGGGGGACAACCUCUAUUAUUCCUUUUUUGCUAUCGUAACUAGUGAAGAAAACCCUGUGCAAGUUGUUUGGAAUGUUUUAAACAUAAAAGUUCCAGUGUCGUUUAAGAGAGAUCGGCUUGAUGAGAACGUCGAAUAUUAUUCUGAUGGCAACACCACGAGACACUUGUACAUGCUUCUGUUUUCCCACUCGACGCAGGUCAAAUUUCCACUCAAAGUCAGUGAUACUGGCAUUGUGGGCAUCCCUGACUAUUUUAAACUACGUGCGAUCAACUGGCUGCGUUUUGAUUACAAGUACUAUUUACCAAAGGAAAAAAAGUGCAACGACCCAGAUCGCACCUGCCCACCAGAUGAGCCAUUAUUAAAACAUGACCUAUCCUACGAAUUAUCAUUCAGAGGGAGUUCCGUGCCGAUACUGGACAAUACUGAACCAGAAAAUAACUGUGUUGAAGGCGAAAAAAGAGUUCAAGAACACUCCACGAACAAUGCCGGCCAGAAUUCAGCCCAUGUUGGUGCCGUAAUGUGGAUGUUAACUUGUGCACUGGUGCUUAUAUUAACGCUGUUUUGCUCCGAUAUCUAGUGUCUCUCUCUUUGGCACUCAACUUUGAGAAACAUCU